UCAAGAAACAUUCGCACGUCAAAUCUUUUUGUUUCGGCCAUUUUCGCCGAAAGUUUGGUAUACGAUUUAGGUCACGUAUCUUUUCGUGGCCUUUAAAUCGCUGAAUUAAUAACUGUUCAACAUGGUGCAGAAGAAGCCUAAGAAGAAGGUAGGGAAGAAAGUAGCCGCCGCCCCAUUGGUGGUCAAAAAGGUUGAGCCCAAGAAGAUCGUGAAUCCUCUCUUCGAGAAGAGGCCAAAGAACUUUGCCAUUGGUCAGGGCAUUCAGCCAACUCGGGACUUGUCCAGAUUUGUAAGAUGGCCCAAGUAUAUCCGCAUCCAGCGCCAGAAGGCUGUACUUCAGCGUCGUCUGAAAGUGCCCCCUCCGAUCAACCAAUUUACCCAGACACUGGACAAGACUACAGCUAAGGGCCUUUUCAAGAUUUUGGAGAAAUACAGGCCUGAGACUGAAGCAGCCAGGAAAGAGAGGCUGAGGAAAGCUGCUGAAGCUAAGGUUGCCAAGAAAGAUGAGCCUCCACCAAAGAGGCCCAACACCAUCCGAUCCGGCACAAACACAGUCACCAAGCUGGUCGAGAAGAAGAAGGCGCAGCUUGUGGUCAUCGCUCAUGAUGUUGAUCCCAUUGAGCUGGUUCUCUUCCUGCCAGCGUUAUGCCGUAAAAUGGGCGUACCAUACUGCAUUGUCAAGGGCAAGUCCCGCCUCGGUGCACUUGUACACCGCAAGACAUGCACAUGCUUAGCUCUAACAAAUGUGGAGUCUGGUGACCGCGCCUCCUUCUCGAAGGUCGUGGAAGCCAUCAAGACGAACUUCAACGAGCGCUACGAGGAGCUCCGCAAGCACUGGGGCGGCGGCGUCCUCGGCAACAAGUCCAACGCCCGCAUCGCUAAACUAGAGAAAGCUAAGGCGCGCGAGUUAGCGCAGAAACAGGGCUGAGCUGAAUAAAGUUUAAGAUUUAAAA